UCCAGGUCUGAUUCAGUAACUGUGACGUGAGUCAAGAUCAGAUCAGCACUUUUACUUUCACUUCCACUAAAUGUCCAUCUCUCUCUCUCUCUCUCUCUCUCUCUGUCUCCUUCUCCCUCUCUCUCUCCCCCCUCUCCUUUUCUCUGAUCACACCUGAUCAGAUCUGCUGCUGGUUAUUGCAAACAUUAAAGAUGUACUGUGAGAUGAAUGCUGGUGUGAUUGAUGUUAGAAGGUCGUAUCUCCCAGUGUUCCUCGCCUGCAGCAUCCGCGUCUCCUCUCACACUCCAUCUGCCCUGAACACGUCUGCAGAGACGUCAGGAGAUCUAACGCUAGGUGGCUGAGAGAACGCAGCUAAUCUCAGUCAGGCACCAGAUCCCGUAUUCCCUCUGUCUGACGCUCUAAUCUUCAGUUCCUCAAUAAAACAAAGCAAAAAGAGAAGUCGAUUAUUUCUGAGGAAAACAGAGAGGAAGCUGGGGGAAACUCCGGCUCUCAUGAAUCCUCAUUAUUACACAAUCUACACAUCUGAGAGAGCAGCCGCUGAUUAAUUCCAGCGUUGUGUUAACGUGUGUGCACGUGUGUGUGUGAGGAAUAUCGAGCUGACGGUGAGGAGGAUACACUUCUCUCACACCGAGCUGAACAGAGAGAGAGAGAGUCUGGAGCAAUGCCACCGACCAACAGCUUGCGGAUGUCAGUGGAUUUGGUUAGUCCACCCUCUCCCACUCCAUCCCUCAUCGAGGUGAAGGAAGAGACGCGUCUGGUGUUGAAGAGUUUUCUCGGUCAUGCUCUCUCUGUCGCUCCUCCAGAUCGGCCGGGGAGGAUUGGGGGAGAAUAUCACGACCCCAACAAGUACAGUGUGCUGCAGAAAGAGAAGCAGAGGAAAGAGGAGAGCGGAUGGGACUCUCUGGAUGAGAAGAUCAGUGCUGCAGAGGAAAAGAAACACGGCAUCAAAAAUCUGAUAAAGAGACGUCUCAGGCCACGCCCCUCUUCCCACCGACACGCCCAGAAGGAUACCAGCGCUGACCAAUUACAGAACGGUGCUGUUUCUAGCCAGGGAGAAGUGCCUGCUACACCGAAGAAAAGUGUAGCUUCAGGUUCACAGGGCUAUGCACAGGAUGAAAAAUUCUCUGCAUCGGAUGAGGAGAGUGAGCGGAAAACAAAUGAUAAAAAGAAAAAGAAAAGCAAACUGAAGCUGGUGGAACUUUUUAAGAAAAAGCGGCUGACAUCACUUCCUAUGAAAGGGGAUACGGGGUCAGUUAAACCCCCACUGUCACCGACGCACCCUCCUGAGUUCUAUGAUGGCGUGGCCAAGAAACUGGACCGAAUUGCUCAGCAAAGCGUGAAGAGAAAAUCACCGACUAAACCUGAACCCAUCCAGCCCAAAGAUGAUAAAGAAGCCAUCGUACAGCAACUCGUCCAGAUACUGACAACAGAGGGAGACGUCAUUAACGAGAAGAUUGAAUCUAAUCCUCUGCUGCGUAAAUCUCUGACCCGGAUGUCCUACACAUCCUUCGCCAGGCUGCUCGACUCCUGUGCCAAUGAAGCCGUAGACCCGCCCCUUCCUGUGGCCGAGAGCCCCACCUUGCAGCGUGUGGCCAUCACCAUGGAGAUGACUCGACGUGUUGUCACGGCAACAGGGGUGACGCAGCGUGUGGAGGGAUACGCCGAGCGCUACAUGGAGAACUUCGCUCCCUGGGUGAAGAGUCAGGGAGGAUGGGAAAACAUUGUGCAGAAGGAGGUGCAGGAGUUCGACUAAUUGUGCAGUGAACAAUCACUGAGGGAUUCUGACAGAGCUGUGUCUGUGUGUGUGUCUGUGUGUGUGUCUGUGUAUGUCUGUGUCUCUGUGUGUGUGUGUGUCUGUGUGUGUGUGUGUGUCUGUGUCUCUGUGUGUCUGUGUCUCUGUGUGUCUGUGUCUCUGUGUGUCUGUGUCUCUGUGUGUCUGUCUGUGUCUCUGUGUGUCUGUGUGUGUGUGUGUCUGUGUCUCUGUGUGUGUGUGUGUCUGUGUGUGUGUGUGUCUGUGUGUGUGUGUGUGUGUCUGUGUGUGUGUGUGUGUCUGUGUCUCUGUGUGUCCGUGUCUCUGUGUGUCUGUGUGUCUGUGUGUGUGUGUGUCUGUGUCUCUGUGUGUGUGUGUGUGUGUGUCUGUGUGUGUGUGUGUGAAAGCUGUGAACACACUGAGCUGCACAUAAUCACUACUGAUGACUUCUCUUGUCUCUUUUAUACAGACAUCUAUUUAUGUUUUUUUUUUUUUUUUUUUUAAGUGUGAAGGUUUUUUAAAAAAAAAUUUUUCUGGGAUUUUUAAAAUGUACUUUUUAUACCGAAAUGUAAGUUAUAUAUAAAAACUCUCUGCCUCA